AAAAUCGAAUUGCUUACAGCUCUAAACCCUACCCGAUGUAAACAAAAACACGCGGAUACGUACAUAUAAUGAAUCGUGUGGAAUUUUGGGGAAAACUCGACUUAAACUAAUCUGACAACAUGACCAAUUGCAGGAAGACUUGUGAUAAAGGUGUUAUCUACAUCUUAUGGUUCGCCCAGGAGCACGUUGACUUUCGGCUUUACGAGUUCGACUCGCUCAUAAAAAUGUUUGGACUCCAAGUUCGGCGGCUGACUGAACAAACAUUGAAACCAUUUUGGCUGGUAGAGUUCUGUGACAAAAAGACUGCCAAACAAUACGCAUCACGAUCCAUUUCCCUUCGCGCCAUGUUCGAGCUCUACGCCCAUGCCACCAGUUUGCCCGAGUUUCACAAAAGGCUUCGGAGUCAUAUAGAUGCGAACCGGCACGUGAUGGAAAGAUUCUUUCGGGCAGAUACCAGCUUCAAGAUCACGGUGGAGACCUACAACAAGCACUUUAGCCAACGAGAGAAGGUGGAGAAAAUUGAGACAAUGGAUUACCUGCCCUUAGAGGGUCCUGUCAACCUGAAAAAUCCAAAGGUGGAGUGGUGCUAUAUCGAGUUUUGGGGCCUUGAUCCCACGGCUGUGCCGUCCGAACCUGAAGACAUUAUGUUUGGCAGACUGGUAGCCUAUGGACAGCGUCAUCUAAUCAAGGAGCUGUCGCUGAAGGAGCGUAAGUUUAUCGGCAAUACAAGUAUGGAUGCCCAAUUGAGUCUACUGAUGGCCAACCAGGCCAUGGUGCGUGAAGGGGAUUUGGUCUUCGAUCCCUUUGUUGGGACAGGCUCACUCCUAGUAAGCGCCGCCAAGUGGGGUGCUUAUGUCCUGGGAGCGGACAUUGAUUACAUGAUGCUGCAUGCCCGGUGUCGACCCAGCCGCAUAACCCAGAAGGUUCGAGAUAAGGAUGAGAGCAUCCGCGCCAAUCUAAAGCAGUACGGAUGCGCUGACCGCUACAUGGAUGUCGUGGUAGCUGACUUUUCCAACCCGUUGUGGCAUCCUCGCAUAUCUUUCGACAGCAUCAUAACAGAUCCCCCAUAUGGAAUCCGCGAAGCCAUGGAAAAGGUGGAAUCGAAAAGCGUCUCGAAGGACAACAUUAGGAGAGAGGACAUGGUGCAUUAUCCUUCAACAUCACAUUAUUCCCUGCAAUGCCUGUACGGGGAUUUACUGGAAUUCGCUGCAAGACAUUUGAGGCUGGGAGGACGUCUUGUCUGUUGGCUUCCCUUCCAUCGUGAGGAUUACGAUCAAAUAAUUCUGCCACGGAAUGACCAUCUGGAUCUGGUGGCCAACUCUGAGCAGCUCUUAACUGGAAACACUGCACGACGCCUGCUCACAUACGAAAAGAGUUCUGAGUACAGUCCAGUGGAUCCGUCUUUGGCCAUCGCAACCAAAAUAUCCUCACACUCGCAGGAUUUCAGGGAUCGCUAUUUUAACAGCGCUUUGGAGCCUCGCAAAGAGCGUCGUAUACGAAAGGCAGAACAGCGGGAACUAGGCCGUGUUGAGAUGGAAGCACGAGGAAAGAUUCCUACAGAUGGACGCUCAAAAAAGUGUGACCUGAACAAGGCUCGAUUUAAAUGAAACUGUCGAUUUCAUAACUGCUGAUAUAAUACUAAUUUGAAUUAUAUUUUAUCAAGUAGAUAAUGCUUGAAAAUUUA